AGAACAACAGCGUACUGGGCCAGUGGGACAGAGAGGGGGUGUCAGACGUAAAGGGAAGAGGGGAGCCAGAGGAGAGUGUGAGGUUAAGUGUGUGUGUGUGUGUGUAUGUGUGUGUGAGUGUAAAAUCAGACAGAGUGCAAGACUGUGAGCCAGGGAGAGAGAUGCUCGAAGAGGAUGAGGAGUAACAGGGCGAGGCAACAGCGAGAGGAGCCGGUAGAGCGUGUAUGUGAGGAAUAGUGUGUGAACAGAGGGAUGCGGUCAUGUCUCUGUGAGAAGGAGCAGUAUAGCAACGGUAACCAUGCUGAGCCCCAAGAUAAAACAGGCACGCCGGGCGCGGUCCAAAAGCAUGGUUCUCGGAGAGUUGACAAGGGUUUCCAGGCCCUGUUCUCCUCUGGAUCAUGAGAAAGCGCUGAAGGCGGGCUGGCUCAAGAGACAGCGGAGUAUCAUGAAAAACUGGCAGCUGCGCUGGUUUGUCCUGAGGAGUGAAGCUCUGUAUUUCUACAAGGAUCAGGAUGAAAGCAAAGCACAGGGUUGUAUUCCUCUUCAGGGUAGUCAGGUCAAUGAGGUGCCUGCCAAUCAGGACGAGUCUGGUCGCCACCUUUUUGAAAUUGUUCCAGUUUCUCUGAGUAUUUCAUGGUCCGACCAUUGGGUGAAUUUACUGGGACUUCGACUUCUGGGGAAGGCUGGCAAAGCAGGGGCUGGAGAAAAGGAUCGAACUGGUAUAAGCCAUGAAUCAUUCCUGCUGAUGGCCAGCUCCCAGAGCGACAUGGAAGAAUGGGUCAGAGCCAUACGUAGAGCUAUAUGGGCUCCACUCGGUGGAGGUGUCUUUGGGCAGCACCUAGAGGAGACAAUGUUGUAUGAAUCCCAAUGUGGCCCUCAGAGACUAGUCCCUGUGCUGGUUGAGCAGUGUGUAUGCUUCAUCCGUGAAAAUGGACUCAAGGAGGAGGGCCUUUUCAGGGCCCCCGGACAGACCAAUCAUGUUAGAGAACUGCAGGAUGCCUUUGACCGCGGUGAGAAGCCAGUGUUUGACAGUUCCACAGACGUCCACACAGUGGCAUCACUGUUAAAGCUGUACAUACGAGAGCUGCCAGAGCCUAUAAUCCCAUUCUCCAAAUACACACAGUUUCUCUCUUGCGCUCAGCUUCUUACCAAAGAUAAAGAAAUGGGUAUUACAGAGCUCGGCAAACAGGUGAAAUCACUUCCUCAGGUCAACUACAACCUCCUUGAGUACAUCUGCAAGUUUCUGGAUGAGGUGCAGUCUCACUCCAAUGAGAAUAAGAUGAGUGUUCAGAACCUGGCCACUGUGUUUGGACCUAAUAUCCUUCGACCCAGAGUGGAGGAUCCAGUCACCAUGAUGGAGGGAAGUACGCAGGUGCAGCACCUAAUGACUGUGCUGAUUAGUGAACACUCCCGACUUUACCAACGUGAGGAGCCAGAAACAGAGAUUAAGGUUCCCAUACAGCGCCAGGAGAGCCAAAAGUGCAAGGUGGAAUGGCUUUCACAAGAAGACCCUGACCACCCACAUCCCUCAGGGACAAGCUCCAAAACGCCUAACGAAAAAGCCCAAUCUUCCACUUCUUCUACAGACAUUAAGCUAACAGCAGUGAGCCCUGUUACACUGGACAAGGGUGAGGAAGGUCAGACUGAAGGGAAGAGCAAAAGCAAGACAGAGGAAGACAUCAAGACUGAAGGAAAAGUUGGAAGCGAGGCAGCUGUUAGCCCUAGCAAACAGGCUAAAGCCUUGCCUUCCUGGAGGUCCACCUUCAAGGGCAGUGCAACCUCAGGUGGGCCAAGAGGGAAAAUAGGGGGAUCUGCAGGGGACGUGUCAGCUGCCGGGGGGAGCAACUGGUUAAUGAAUGGCCUGUCAUCCCUCCGAGCCCACAGACGUACCACCUCAUCUGGGGAGAGACUAAAAGACUCAACUCUAUCGCUAAAGGAUUCAACCCUCUCCCUUAAAGAAACUACUCUUAAAGACUCUCACAGAGACUCUGAUGAAGACUCUUCUCGAACAUCCUUGUCUCACAGAGCUCUCCACCAAUCCCACAGACUGUCUGCUUAUGACAACGUGGCCCCCUCCAGUCUAAGUCUACCUGCUGACACUUCGUCCAUCUGGACGUCUUAUGAAAUUUCAUUGUCUGAACCAGAAGGGAGCGAUAAAGCAACAAAAUUAGAACCGAGUCAAGAGAGGCCCACACAGUUGAAGGACUGUGCAAAUACUUUGGAUCACAGUCCAAGCUGCAAUGAAGAUGAUGAUCUUGCAGAAACAAAUGAAGAUGCCACAAGCAAGGUGGCCCAGCUCAAGCAGGAACUGAAGAAACAGAGGACGAGCUAUGAAGCCCAUAUCCGCAAGUUGGAGGAGUCCUGUUCCAACUACCAGUCCCAGAUAAACCGCCUCGAGGAGGAGCUAGACCAGGAGAAGAAGAAGUUUCACAUGCUGGAGAUCCGACUCAGGAACUCAGAGCGGGCACAUCAAGAUGCAGAAAAUCGCAACAUUCUCCUUCAGCAAGAGAUGGAGGAAUUCUUCAAAACCCUCGGAGAUCUGACUACAGGAGCAACACGGACCAAAUAGACCAGACCAGCCUGCCUUCAUCUGGUCCAUCAGUGGAGGAGGAGCUCAGUUACUGGGACGCCCAACCAGCCCCAAAGCUUUGAAGACCAAAUACCUCUAGCGCAGUACUAAUUGCCAUCUUUUAGUACAGCUCUCUUGUGCCUACACUGACCAGUGCCGGUGCCAAACAAGAACUCCUCUGGACCAAGCACCUCUUAUUUGUCAUUCCUUGCUGUUAUACACCAUAGGUCAUUUAAUUAGCAAUUGAAAUUUCCUUGUAAGAAACCAGAAAAGGCCUUACUAAAAAUUAUGAGGUAGUGCUUACAUAGAUAUGUUAUUGUUGAUGCUGAUAUUCUAGAAAGAAAUGUAAGCUUUCAGUAAAAGAAAGAAUAAUGUGAGACGUUAAAAUUCAACUCUUUUAUUUGCAGGAGUUGAAGGUUGACACUUUCCAUUUUCUGAUGUAUAUAUUUGGUCUGUUAGUGAGGCAAGUGACCUUCCCAAAAGACACCAUGAAAGGUUAACUCGUUGCUGACAGUGUUUGGCCAAUCAGAAGAAUGCGUCGUACCAGUGGUGCUGAAUGGCUCUUUUUUCCCCACAUGUACCUGCACUAAUAUCAGAUUUACUCAGAGGCAAAAUCCUGCUUAGUCUCUUCUAUUGGUUUCAUUUGUAAGGACAAUGAAGGAGGAGCAAAAAAAAAAUAAAAAAAUUGAAUUGUGGCCAAGAAAGGGUCAGGACAGCGUCACAUUCCCCAAAGUGCAUUUUGGGAGCUGAUGCUAGAGGUUACUGCCUGGAGUGCCCUACCAUGAAAAAAAAAAGGCAAAAAGGACAUUUUGGGAAUUUGAGCCUCACAAAAAGUUAUCCUGGCAAAAGCAAAUGUCUGUUUCCCGACUCUCUGAAAGCAUAAAUACAGUGCAA